CUGAAACUAAGCCACGACAGAAACGUCCAAUGCUUGUCAUUGAAAGCAAGGACGCACGUCUGUAUUUUUUUUCCUAUUCGUUUUCUUUUGCGUUAGUCGGCUGGAAUUAUGGAGCACUGAGCUAGGAAUAAGACCUUUUAUGUAGAGGAGCAAGAAAUCCUAAAAUCCAUCCUUUGGUGGUUAUCGUCUGUCCAUCGUGGGAUAAUCUAUUGUCCUUUUAUGCAACACUGUGCUUAUCUCUGUUUUGUUAUGAUUGAAUUGCAUUUUUAUUUCAAGUAUCUUGAGAACUCUGCACUUUACAGUGAAGUCCAUCUCUGGCUAUAUUCCCAGUCAGGGUACUUAGUCCCUCCCCCCAACCCUGACAUUUGCUCCACCCUCUUCAUCCAGUUUGUCUUUAUGGGGGAUUAUGAUGUGGACAUGGAUGAGGAAGAGGAGGGACAGGUGUUUAUGAGAAAGGCCACAACAGACCAUUGGUGGGAGGACUGUGGAGAUGAUGGCAACUGUGACACACAACACCAGAGAGGAGGAAGAGGCUGCAUGGUAAACAGCUGCAGUUGGGCCGAGGAGCUCCAGGAUAUCUUUGCACCACAGGCAGAAGACUGUUACAGCGGAGGGCGAACCAGACUGUCCAGCAUCUCUGCCCAGAGGAAUGAGAGAGAGUGCAUCAGGCAGAAACUUGCCCUUGGCAGUUUCUAUGACGACGAGCCAGUCAUCUAUACCAGCUGCAGCAAGAACGGCCUAUCGUCCCGACUGCAGAGUGAGGUGAACCUGCAGGUGUGUUUUGUUAAUGACAGCAGCAGUGACAAAGACAGCGAUGCUGAGGACAGUAGGACAGAGACCAGUCUGGACACACCGCUGUCACCUAUGAGCAAGCAGAGCUCAUCGUUAUCGGACCGGGACACGGCGGAGGAGGACUCAGACCCGUUAGAUGACUGCGGCGGGUUCUGGCGGGUGCAGCGCAGGCUUCAGGAGGAGGCCCGGGUGGCGCUAGCUCUGGCUCGACCCAUGGCCCGUAUGCAGGUGGAGGUGGAGAGGCAAAUCCAACUGCACAGACGCUCACCUGUGGCUGACUUGCUUCCCCAUCUGCCCCACAUCAGCGAGUGCUUGAUGAAGAGGAAUCUGAGGCGAGGGGACAUGAGGGACAUGAGUCUGGGACAGCUGCAAGUCAUCACAAAUGACUUGCACUCACAGAUUCAGAGUCUAAAUGAGGAGCUGGUGCAGUUGCUGUUAAUGAGGGAUGAGCUGCACGUGGAGCAGGACGCCAUGCUGGUGGACAUAGAGGACCUCACCAGGCAUGCUCACAGCCAUCAGCGGCACCAAGCAGAGAAAGCCAUCUCGAAAUAAACACCCCGACUACACGUGUGUCCGUCUGCACGCCAUCUUACCUCCCGCUCCAUGGACUGUCACCAGUGUUACUAAUGAAACUCCAUCUGUGCUGACUGUUUUGGGAGAAAUGAAAAUACCAUGUAGUGUAAUAUUAACACACAGACACACCACAUAAUGUAUUGCACCACAGGAUGUUGUCGAAGGACAUCUAAAAGAAGUUGAGCUGCUUUCAGUGUGGACACAGUUGAGUUUGUGCAGGCUUUUCACUUCCACUCAGCAUGAUUAAUCAUACUAUAUUUUAUAGAAUUAGGGGAAUCCUCUCACCGUAAUUGUAUCCCCUAACCCUGAUUUACCUCUUCAUGAUUUUGCACGGUACACUCAUGUAUGUUAAUGCUGGGUUGAAGAGAGGGCCUGCACGCCUUGUUUCUCCAUUAUCUGAAAAAGGAGGAGGACUUCUAGGGGACCAGCCUGACUGAACUUUUGUCUUAAUAAUAAUCAAGAGGAUUAGUCAGUUCAUAUGUAGACAUGCUCUGUUCCCCUGUUUAUCAUCACUUUCACUAGGAGCAUUGCGUUAUUUCUGUUUCACAGUGGGAUGCACUAUAA